AUGAGCUUGGAAAGGAAGUUUGCAGGCUCUCCUGAGUUCAAGGCUGCAUACGACGCCGUUAUCCAUGAAAACCUGGAGAAAGGCUAUCUGUCACCCGCGCCACUCGUUGACUCUGGCAACCGCUAUCCCGUGCUCCUAAUAAAGUUAAGCCCGCCGAUGGAUCCUGUCACUGAUAUUGUAGCCCCCGUGGCUGACGAGCCGGAAAUACUAGCUAAUGCAUCAACCUACACCAAUAUCGGUGCA